GUCGAACAUGUUGGAGCCGCGGCACCUCCAUUUAAUCUCUCUCUUCCUUCCGCGAUCUGCCCUAACCUUUUUUACUCGUCAAUUCUAAGCAACACCGUCGCUCUCACACAUCGUCAGAUCACAAGCACGCCUUAAAUCUGGAGUGCUCAAGAUGCACCGGUAGGCGAGGAAAGCUUAAACGUGUUUCCGAUGCGGAGAGGUGGAGAGUUUUGGGGGCGGAGAGGCGGGGCGCAAAGACUGCUGAAGCAUGGGGCGAAGGGCAUGGCGGUGCGUCUGUCGGUCGCCCUGAUAGUUCUCAUCGUUUGCUCAUUGUCGCUGUUCUCCAUGAUUGGGGUCACGCGACCUUCGAACCGGGUAGAGACUGUUGAUAUUGAUAAGCUCUGGAAAAGUGCUAACUCAGGAGGUUGGAGACCCUCAUCUGCUCCCAGAUCGUACUGGCCAUCCCCACCAGCUGAGACUAAUGGUUUUCUGCGAGUCCGAUGCAAUGGUGGCCUAAAUCAACAACGUGGUGCGAUAUGUAAUGCCGUUCUUGCUGCCCGAAUUAUGAACGCAACACUCGUGUUGCCCGAGUUGGAUGCUAAUUCUUUUUGGCAUGAUGAGAGUGGUUUUCCAGGUAUAUAUGAUGUUGAGCAUUUCAUUAAGUCAUUGAGAUAUGAUGUUCGUAUUGUACAACAACUUCCUGACGUGUCUUUAAAGGGGAAGACAAAGAAGAUGAAAGCUUAUCAGAUUCACCCACCAAGAGAUGCUCCUCUUAGUUGGUACACUACAUUUGCUUUGAAAAAGAUGAAGGAAUAUGGUGCUAUUUAUCUCACUCCAUUUUCUCAUCGACUAGCAGAGGAGAUUGAUGAUCCUGAACUCCAAAGAUUGAGAUGCCGAGUGAACUAUCAUGCACUUCGAUUCAGGCCACACAUAAUGAAACUAAGUUCUGAUAUAGUAGAUAAUCUUCGUUCCCAAGGUCAUUUUUUGUCUAUACACCUUCGGUUUGAGAUGGAUAUGCUUGCAUUUGCUGGGUGUUUCGAUAUAUUUACUCCUGAAGAGCAGGAAAUUUUGAAGAAGUACCGUAAAAAUAACUUUGCAGAGAAGGAACUUGUUUACAGAGAGAGGCUGCUUAUUGGGAAGUGCCCAUUAACUCCAGAAGAGGUUGGAAUCAUCUUGCGUUCUAUGGGAUUUGACAACUCCACACGGAUCUACAUUGCUGCAGGUGAUAUUUUUGGUGGUGACCGCUUCAUGAAACCAUUCAGGUCAAUGUUUACUCGGCUUGAAAAUCACAACACAGUUGGGCCAUCUGAAAAGCUUGAAGAGAAUGCAAGAGGACUGGUUGGUUCAGCUGUGGAUUACAUGGUUUGUCUUCUGUCUGAUAUUUUCAUGCCAACAUAUGAUGGCCCAAGCAACUUUGCAAAUAACCUCAUGGGGCAUCGCCUAUACUAUGGUUUCCGUACCACAAUCCAACCUAACAGAAAAGCUCUAGCUCCUAUUUUCAUGGACAGAGAGGAAGGGCGCACUUCCAAUUUAGAGGAACGCAUCAGGCAGGUCAUGUUCAAUUCUAAGUUUGGUGGGCCUCACAAACGUGUACGGCCUGAAUCCUUUUAUACGAAUUCAUGGCCUGAGUGCUUCUGCCAAAUCUCUCCAAAAAAUCCAGCUGAUAAGUGUCCACCUAAUAACACAAUGGAAGUUCUAGAAAGUCAGCUGCAAAAUGAAGGUGAUGAUUCAGAAUCAGAAAUCUUGACCAACAAGUCAGAUGGUUCAGAUUCGACAGGAAUUUAAUCUUUCUAAGCUGUAGCUUAUCAAGAGGAGAUCAAAAAUGGUUCUUCAGAUAUUCUUUUCCAUUUUAACUUGGAUGCAAUGGAUUUGGGUCAUCCUGUAACACAUGAAUCUUAUUACCUCAUUUUUCUCCCGUAUGAUCAAUAUUCAUGAGCCCAGUUUUCA